AUGAUUGUGUGGUUUUACUUCAUUAAGCCAACAGUGAUGUUUAACAAUCUUAUCUGCUUUAUAUGUAACGGACGAAUAAUAAUGGAACAAAUUUCAGUGUUACAUUCAUGUGGUCACGCAUUUCACUAUCAAUGCAUUUUACAUUGGAUUAGAGUUUUUAAAAAAUGUCCGAUAUGUUUUAAGCCAAAAAAUGAAUGCAAUAUUGUUAAACAAUUAUAUUUUGUUACUGAUGAAGAAGAUCAACAAGAAGAACGAAGCAAUUAUUCACCUUUACCACGAAAAAAAAUUAAAGGUAAUUUGGACGAUUUGCGAAGUGAUAAUGCACUUUUUCGUAAGCAAGGAGCAGAAGCUAUCAAAAUUAUAAAUGAAAUAAGAAAACUGAAAGAACAAAAGAUUUCCAAAAUCAGUAAAUACUACAAGAGAAAUACAAGUUAA